AUGGACGUGACUGUCGGGUGCCAUCGCUUGUCGGACCAAGCCGCAGUUCCACGCGGCACCGCCAGCGUCACUUUCUACUCCGCCGACAGCCUCGCCUUCUUUCACCCCCGGCGGGAAGUUAAAGUCGCAGAGACGACGGUACACUGGGAAGUUGACGCGUCCCACGACGGCGCCGAGGUGUGCUGUAUCUUGGCUGAUGAAAUGUACAUUGGAGACGCCGUUCAGAUCGCCGAAGCCACGGGAAACGUCGAGGCCGAGUUCGUGCAGCGACUCCGGCGGACGGCAACCUCGCCAGGGACCGCGGACAGUUGCGCGUCUGAGACUCUCCACGAAGACAGAGCUACAGACGCAGCACCCGAUAUCCGCGUUUUCUUCCUCAUGUCCCCCCUAAAUUUCAUGAGAGUCGAGCUUACCAUAGAGGACCGCCUCGUCCGAAUUGAACUUCCCUUCAAAGACAUCAUGAAUGGCAUGUAUUUUUUCCGGGGAGCGAAUGCGGAAGAUGUCCUCAUGCUUGUGCGCUUUCGGAGCGCGCCACGCGUCUACGUGGAAGUCUCGCCCCGCCCCGCUCGGCGGCGGACGACGCAGCACUUCCAGCAGUUUCUGCGCUGGGUGAUUCGGAAGCAGAAGCACCACGCGCCUCUUCUCGCGGCGCGUCUUGAAGACGGCGACUCCCCCCUCGCCGUACUUCCCCCCCUGAGCGAACUGGAGGGGCUAGGCAGAUGCUGGGCGUUGAUCUUCAAUUGUCCCAACCGGCGACGGCAUCCCUUCGAGACGUGUCUCCUGCCGCGACUCCUACAUCUUCACCUCCUCGCCGCCACGUUCGCGGCCGCGCUGCCCUCCCUUGUCUCUCCUUCACCCAGUGGCGGCAGAGGAAGACAGUCGGCAAGCAUGGGGACCGUUUCAGGGGCGCGGAGACAGCCCGAAAUUCACGAGGCGACACAGACGGGGCCACCUGCUGGCCGCCACCCCGGUGGAGGAGACGGAAACCAAACAGACGAGAGAGAAGAGAAAGAAAAAAGAGAGGAGGGAGAAAAAAGAGACGAGGCACAAACGCGGGAGAAGGAAGGCUUUCUCGUCGAGCUACCCUGGAUCUUCUUGAGGCCCGAGGCUCCAGAUCGCCAGACGCGGCUCAAAGAGGCCUCGCGGCGCAUCCUCGAGGGACGAGCGGCCGGAGACGCGCGGGGUGUCUCUCCAGCGGUCCCUCCUCGCUCGGAGCUCGGAGAUCUGUUCGGUCGCUCGCGAAGAGCGCGGGACGAGGCCUCGCAGCGUGUCCGCGAAUUCGCCUUCCAGCUCUGGGCGCGUUGCCAGCAGCUUCUGACCUGGGGAAUUGUGCCUUCUCGGCAGGCGGUCGAGCGCCGCUUUCUGGACUCCUUACUCGAGGCCCGACCCGAAGACUCUGCGGUGCUCGCGGCCCUCGACGAAGUCCGAAACUGCGGCCUCGGAUCUCGCAUGGGAAGAAUUCCCAUCAGGGAUCCAGUGCAGGCGCUAAACACCUACCGACAUGCAGCCAGAUGGAUGCGCCUCGAGCGCGGUCCGCCUCUGGCGUUCGGCGUGAACCAGGCUGCUGCGGGCAUUCCCGUUCUCCAUCUCUUGGCCACCCCGCUGAAAGUUCUGGUCAGGGGGAUUUACUGCGAACUCGGCAGUCGGGUGACUCGCCAGUACGCGCGCGAAGUAGCAACGGGACUCCUCGUCAGAGUCGCUUUCGUGGAAGAAGACGGCCGACCCAUGUCAAGCAGUCUCCACCGGGCUCAAGAUGAGAGUUUGCAGGAGCGCAUGCGUUUGAUGAUGGUCGGCGGCCUCUCUGUCGGUCACGAGCGCUACAAGUUUUUUGCGGCGUCUCUGUCUCAGCUUCGAGAGGGCUGUUGCUGGAUGAUUCGCGUUUCGGGCGACACGCGCCUGAGCGCAGAAGCGAUUCUCUCGCGUCUGGGUGUCUUCGACUCCUCGAUCUCCCCGGGAGUCUUGACGAAACGCCUCGGAGUAUGCUUCUCGUCGACACUGCCAGCGAUCGACAUCCGCGACGAGGAGAUGCUCCUGAUUCCGGACGUGACAAGCUCGGCCGCAGCGCCUACAGCCCGCGAGGAAGCGGCUGAAAACGAGGGCCGGCAAGCGCGCGCUAGGCCCAUACCCCUUGCCGUUGACUCCCCGGAGUUUGUCUUCACAGACGGCUCGGGGGCUAUUUCUCUCGACCUGUGGCGGCGGAUCGUCGCCCGCCUCCCUGCGCUCCACACGAGCAGUGCCUUUCAGAUUCGCCUCGGAGGAAUCAAAGGCAUGCUAGUGCUCCACCCUGCGUUCCCCCGCCCGGUGCCUCACCACCCUGCCGAGAGCCUCAAGCACAUCCUCGUCUCCCAGUCGAUGCAAAAAUUCCACUCCAGCAGCCGGUGCCUCGAAGUCAACGACUUCUCUCGACGCUUCCCGUACUACCUCAAUCGCCAGGUCAUUUUGCUCCUCGAUACCCUCGGGGUCGGGUUUCCAGUGUUCGAGCGCCUGCAGAAACGCAUGCUUCAAUUCCUGAGAGACGUCGACACUCGAGCCGGCGCAAUCAAAUUUCUCUCGACUCUCGCUAUCGAUCAGAAUUUGGGGAUGAGCAGCUUUGCGCAAGUCUGCCUGGACUUCAUCGCGCUCCGCGGACGGGGCGCGAACCUGUUUGGGGUGCCGGAUUUCACGCACUCGCUCGCGUACGACCACGGUUGGAGAUCGUCGCCGUCUGCGCGGGUUUUUGCGGGUCUUCCCGAGGUUUUUGUGCAUGUGACACGGUCGCCGUUUUCCGAUGAAGGCAUGGCGAGACACGUCGCGGUUGCCACAGGCAAGUCUUGGCUCUCGGCGGAGGCUGACGCACAGGCGGAGCGAGCACGGCGGAGACUCGGUCGCUUCCCGGGCGGCUCUGUCGCCGCGUUCGGCUCAGAAGUAAUUCAAGGCGUCGUCGCGGUGUGCCGCAACCCCUGUCUCUUCCCUGGAGACAUCCAACUCUGCUUCGCAGUUGCGCACGGAGACCUCCCAGACGACUCGCCGCUCCUCCGACCCCUGACCGGCUGCCUCGGCGGCGACGCCAGCCUUCUCGCCUGCCGAGAUUUGAUUGUGUUUCCUUCCCCGCCCUGCCUCGAUUCGGCUCCGCGCGCGUGGGUGCAACCGUCAGCGGCGAGAAGUGCAUGCACGCAGGAGUGCGCGCAGCAAUCUGGAAACGCGGGCGAAGCCGCAAAAAGGCCGAAAGGUUUCCCUCCUCCCCUCAGCGACAGACACCCCGCCGUCAUCUGCGACAAAGGAUCGAGAAGUUUCAUGUAUCGCGAUGUGCCCAACAUGCUCUCUGGAGGCGACUUGGACGGAGACAAAUUCUGGGUCACGUGGGACCCAGACAUCGUCGAGCCGCUCGUCGCCCUGUGGCGGCGCGGCGAGUUCCCGAAACCUUCGCCCCUGCACUUUCCCGCUCAUCCGUCUGCGAAGGCGCCUGGAGAAUCGCCCCAGACAGCGCACGCGUCUGACGCGGAGGAACGAGAGAGCGAAGCCCACAGCGAGCACAAAGGCGCCGAGCGACCGAACAGCUCUGCCUCGCCUCAAGACCAGAUGCAGAACCGACGACCUACAGUCGAAAUGACGAGAAAACAGACGCAAUCCGAUGCAGCAACAGAACGUCUUCCUUCCACUGCGUUCGACUCCAAACGGUCUACGGUGUGUCUCUCCCCCCCUUCUACUUCCUCUCCUCUCUCUUCUUCCUCUUCUCUCUCCUCUUCGUCUUCUCUCUCCUCUUCGUCUUCUCUCUCUUCUUCCUCUUCGAGCCUUCCGUCGCUCGCUUCGAUGGUGGACCACUUUAUUCGUGUGCAGAAGAGUUGUGUGCUGGGGCGCGUCUCCAAGGCGCACAUGCGCCUGGCGCACCGGCCUGACGUUUACGGCAACCGGAACUGGCGCCAAGCGAAGGCGAUGCAUCCAAAGUGCCUCAAGCUCGCGGCGCUCGCCACGCUCGCCGUUGACGCCCCCAAAACCGGAGCCGUGGUCGUCAUGCCGCAGGAACUCGCAUGCAGGCAAAUUCCUCACUUCAUGGCCACAGCGACAGUAAGCCUAAAAAAGAGCCUUCCACGCACGGAAAGUCUUUUCCGGACACACGAACCUUAA